AUGUCCCUCGAUUAGAAAUUUGAAGCAGCAGUGGAAGCUGUAGAAAGCCUUUGGAAAAGUCCUAGGUACAAAAUAUUUUUACAACUAUAUGUAUUAUUUAAACAAGCAACGGUGGGCAAUAUUGACACUCUAAGUCCCGGCGUCUUGGUUAUAAAGGGAAGGGUUAACAAUAAGUGGGACGUGUGGAAAUCGAAGGAAGACGUGUCACAAAAUGAUGCGAAAGAAGCGUACAUUAUGUUCGUGAAUGCAUUGUUGGAAGAAUACACAUAA